GUUGGUUUUCAUCAGUCAAGAAAGUUUUCAGUCUCCUAAAGAUUCAUCAGACAAGAAGGUUGGAAAGUUAUACACUAUACAGAGUGAUAUUGAGUUCUGGAUAGAAUUCAUAAGCGUUGUUAGAUGCGGUUUGUUGAGUUUUUUACAGGGUUCUACCAAUGUUUGGUUUUGUAAGAUCUUGAGAGCCUCUUCAGAUUAAGUAAUUUAGAAAUUUGGGUCGUUGCAGGAGGUGGUGGGUGUAUGGAAUUUCGAGGAUUCGAAGGCCUAAGUGAAUUAGGUGAACGAAGUAGAGGGGAGUUUUAGUUCAAUGUCGGGAGCUUCAAGGGUAAGGUCAAUGAAUGUAAAUGAUUCGGAAGCAAGGCCAGUUCUUGAUCCCGCUGGGAAUAAGGCACGGAGAUCACCUGGUUCAAGAAAAUCUGUUACGAGACCUAUGAGAAAGACAGUGUCAAAAGAGGAGGUUGAGAUGGAAGAUAAAAAUGGUCACCAACCAUCCCCUUCAUUGCUUACUUUUGAUGUUCCUUCAAUACUUAGGCGACAAGAGUCAUUGUAUUCCAACCUUUCACUUAGUGCUUCAUGUUCUUCUGAUGCCUCAACGGAUUCAUUUCACAGCAGUGCUUCAACUGGUAGGAUAUAUAGAAUGAAUAAUACCUCAAGUAGAAGGAAGCAAUUGUCAUCGAAGUCCAAAAGGAUGGUUUCGGAUGAUAUAUCAGACUCUUCAAUCGAUGGUUUGCAACCAGGUACAGUUAUGCUGAAGAAGCCAAAGGGAUCAGGUUUGUGGCAGCAGCCAGCAGGUGCUUAAUCUAACAACAUAUGAUUAUUGAGUUUGGUACUUAAUUUAGAUAUGCUGCCAAUACCCUGACCAUCUAGGUCACCAAUCCGGAGACGAUCGAAGAGGCAGCAAAAUAGGAACUUUCGAUGAUCGGGAGAGCUCAACAAGGUCUUUGGCAAGAAUCUCAUUUUUUGGUAGUACGAAUGGGGAAUUGGCCCAAAAAUUUGAUGGGGUCAAGACGCUGUCGGGCGCCGGCGGCUGACUCAAGUGUCCCCGAACCGCGAGGGUGAAAUGCCACUCAAACUCAGAGCUAGCUGGUUCUUCCCGAAAUGCGUUGAGGCGCAGCAGUUGACUGGACAUCUAGGGGUAAAGCAAUGUUUUGGUGCGGGCCGCGAGAUUUGCAUUAAACCAAUUAGCCGUAACCUGCUGACACCAGUUGGAAAUAGCUCAAAAUCAAGACAAAAUGCUCUUAGAAAAGAUCCAAAUUUUCCUGGAAUAACAAGUAAAAGUCAAAUACCUAUUCCAAUGUAAUUUUCAAUUAUGUAAAAUCUCAGUUUUGCAGCAUCUUUACUAGAUUUGUUAUAAAAUAAUACCUAGCAACUCUAUACUACAUCACUAAUCUAGAACACAACAAACAAACAACAUGCUCAGUGCAAUUCACAGGUGGGGUCUCAGGAAUAAAUCCAGAAAAUGGACUUGUUAAUGUUUUUUUUUUUCAAAAAAUAGACAUUGUCAUGGAAUUUAAAUUGUACUAUUGAAACUCCAUUGUAAUGUCGUGGAGUUUCACUCCAUUCCAAAUUAUUUUUCAAACUUCUUUCAAUCUUGUAUUUUUCAAACUUGUUGUUAGAACAUUUUUCCUUGAGCCGUGGAAGUAGCCUCUCCCUACUUCCUCAUAUCCCACUUAUGUGAUCACAAUGAAUAUGCUGUUAUUGUAGGGACUGAACAUGGCUACUUGUGAACAUUAUCCUGAUUUAGUGGAGGUGCAUAUUAAUUAUUUAAGCCGAAUCUAAACGAUGCAUGUAAGUACCAGGAAUUGCCCGUUUUCCUCUCAUCUAUCACAGUGCCUUUUCUAUCAGUUCGAUUUCUUUUUAUAACUUUGCUCAUCGACUUUUUUAUGGUUAUUAAAUCAACCUUUGCCUACUUUUCUCCCUUUUCGUUUGUGCUCUCUUCCAAAACUGUAACUUUCUAACGAAGCACUUCAUAUAUUUGCAUUAGGUUCAUAUCAUUAAACCGAAUUUUCUCUUGCCCUUCACUGCUAAAGUACAUUGGGGUGGAGGGGCUAUUCGAAUAAGUUCUCCAUUUCACAAAGUGAUCGAAGAGCUGUAUUAGCAAAACACGAUACAUUUGUCAAGUUUUUCACAUCUGCUUAUUUUUGUAAAAUGGUUUUAGUUAGAAGUGCUUUUGGAAAUUGCAGUUUGUGGUUGAUCAAAUAAUUUGGAAAAUAUUUUUGUCAUUAUUAA